AUGGGAGCGCCCAUCCCCGAUCUUCCGAUCCUGGAGGCUGAAGACUCGAUGCUGUCCAGGAAAUUCGGGCGCGAGCUGUCAAACUACUUCGCCGGCAGCCCCCUGAACCGCACCCGGCGCCGCCUCGCCUAUGUCGGAUACCCGGAGGUGACGCCCUUCACGGGCACCGAUCCCUUCGAGAAGAGCGAGGAGCAGAUGAUCAAGGACUUCAACUCGGACGAGUUCAAGCCGCUCAUCCUGCUGCUCGGCCUCGACGAGGCGCACAAGCUCCCGGCAUCGGAGGGGGACCCCGGGUUUGAGUACAAGGAGUACAAGGGCAGGCCGUACUUUGCCGUCGACAUCACGCCCAAGGGCUCUGCCGCGGGGGGAGCCAACAAGGUCAUCGAUGCGGUCAAGGCAAAGGGAUACUCGUUCUAUCAGAACCAACGGCAUAUGGGGCUGGGAGCCAGUGAAGCUGCCGUAUACGCCAACGCGCGGUCCCUCCUGGACUGGAACACGCGCAUCCCCUUCUGCGCGUCCUGCGGCUGCAAGACCCUCUCGAUAAACGCGGGCACGAAGCGCACCUGCCCGCCGACGGACCUGGCGGGCGGCAAGCUGACGGAGCGGGCCGACUGCCCCUCGCGGCACGGCGUGUCCAACAUCUGCUUCCCGCGGACGGACCCGACCAUCAUCGUCGCCGUGGUCAGCGCCGACGGCACAAAACUGCUGCUGGGCCGCAACAAGCGAUUCCCGCCGCACUGGUUCAGCACGCUGGCCGGGUUCCUGGAGCCGGGGGAGUCGAUCGAGGAGGCGGUGCGCCGCGAGGUCUGGGAGGAGAGCGGCGUGCGCCUCAGCCGCGUCGUCAUCCACAGCUCGCAGCCGUGGCCGUUCCCGGCCUCGCUCAUGAUCGGCGCCAUCGCGCAGGCGGCGCCCGGCGACGGCGAGAAGAUCAACCUCGGCCACGACCCGGAGCUUGUCGAUGCGCGUUGGUUCUCGACCGAGGAGGUCAGGGAGGCGCUGCAGUCCGGGGUGUCUGGGCUCGGGGAGCCGGCGCCGCCGGGGUACAAGGAGGGUGGGCUGCGGUUGCCGCCCCAGACGGCCAUUGCGAAUCGCCUGAUUACGGCUGUGAUAGAUGGUUUUGUUGGUGGUGGUUCCAAGAUCUGA